GAGUAUGUGAAGAUGCACACGCUUGGAGAAGCUGAUGAUGUUGGCGCGGAUGGCGACAACGAUGAAAAUCUAGAGGCUUUGGUGGAAGAGACAAGUGUGGUGAAAAAAGGAAGUCUUCCCGCCGAUUGGUUUGAUGCCCGGCAAGAUCUCUAUUGGAGUGUCCGAGAGACAAAACCAGGGGAAGAGGAGGAAGAUGUCGAAGCCCAGACGGAUGAGCCGGACGAGGUGGUUCGUUUGCGUGCUCUCCGCACCUUACUGCCUUUGCUCCCACGGGAUUGUGCACGUUUCACGGAUCAGAACGUGUACACGACACCCUCUGCCAUGCUGUCAGACAUGGUCGCAAAUCUACCCACCACGGGCAGAUUGAACGAGGAUCAGAUGCUCUUUGCAUUACGGUUCGGAGAUGUGUUGGACACUGUCUGGAAAGAAGAACAAGAGUUGCCACCUGAACGGAGAUCUGUGUAUCACAUGUUGUUACUGGGACAGGGCGGAUCAGGCAAAACUCAUGUUGUGCAAAAUUUGAUUUUUCCGGUUGUGCAUUUCAUCUGGCCGCCAAGCAAAGAGGAAGAGUCUCUGAUGGUUGUUGCGGCCAAAAACUCGCAAGCCAAAAACAUGUCUACAGAAGGUGUGCGAGCCAAGACAUUGCAUAGAGCAGGUUGCAUGCGGAUCCAAAGUUUGAAGAAUCAGGAUAUGGCUCCAGGCAAGAAGGAAAAGGCUUUGGAGAAAACUUGGAAGAAUGUUCGUGUCUUGAUCAUCGAAGAGAUCAGCAUGGUGUCGGCUUUGCUUUACAAUAUGCUUGAUUUUCGUGCCAUGUGUGGUCGCCGGCUUCCUUUCAAGGUGGACCGAGACACUUACAUGAAAGUCGGCUGUGCUUUCGGGCGGGUUCCCAUCGUCAUUCACCUGGGAGACUUUUUCCAAUUACGUCCGACUGGUCAGAUAUCCUUGAUUGAAGAUCUGAACCGGCGAGAUGAAGACGGCCAGUACGUCCGCAAAGAGGUCCCUGGCGUCGAGAUCCAGCAUGCGCAAAAGCUUUUCUCUGAAAUCCCGGAUGUUUAUGAGCUACGUGGCACCAUGCGCUUCAAGCCGCAAGAUCCGCUUAUCGAGAUCUUGCAAUGCAUGCGGCUUGGCCACACACUGCCGGAUAGGCUCUGGGCUCAGUUCCAGGACCGCGUGAUACGAGAUGAAGCUCCCGGCAUUGCUGAUGCUCGCUUGGAUUCGGAGAACUUUCGGUCGGGGUACUGUAUGUCGAUUUACUGGGCAUCUUUGAUUCGCAUGAUGUAUCGUCGCACCAUCCUGCAGGCGAGCCGAUGCAAUCAGACACUGGUCUUUUUGCAAGCUGCUGAUACUUGUAUGGGCAUGAACCAUGAGACUGGCAUUCGGUUUUUGAAUCAGCCGAACCCGUACAACACUGGUUUGAUUCAUGGCAUUUUGCCUCGCUUUGUUGGCAUGGAAAUUCGCUUGUUGGCGCGUGUGGAUGCCGACCAAGGGCUGGUGCAAGAUACGGUGGCAACCAUUAUGGAUUUUGGGUUUCAUGAUGCCGAUCGAGCAAGAUAUUUGAAGACUCCGGCAGGAGAAAUGUUUACGCCAAGAUAUGUACCAUCUGGAUUGUUGGUGAGCAUCAAAGGAUAUCAAGGAUGCAGUGGAUGGGAAAGCUUUACGCCGCUCUGUGCGAAGCAUACGAAUAGCUCCGAGGAGGCGGAGAAGUUGGCUCGUUCUUUCUACUUUUUUGAAGCAGAAGAAGUGGUUGUGAGCUACAGUGGGCUGCAAAUCCGCAGAUGUGGUUUUCGCGCCACGAACGCACAUUGUCUGACCAGCACGGCUUCGCAGGGCUUGACUCUUCGAUCUGGAACAGUUGUGGAUUGUGGUCGUCAGAAAGAAAAGGACGAUGAUGAAUGGUGGUUGCAUCUGUAUGUGAUGCUUUCCAGAGUGACUUCUUUGUCGGACCUGCUGUUGGUGCGACCGCCGCCCCGAGAAUUGCUGGAAAGGGGGCCGCCGGUCGGCGUAGCCAAGAGCUUAGAAAAGUUUCAGCAGCGUGCGACGGAGUGUCGCGCGGGCAUUACUGUGAAACAUGGACUUCGUGGCGAUGGCAAGUCGAAGUGA